GAAAAUUGUUACAGCUGCUGCAGACCCUGUGUUGAUCAGAAGUUUCUUGCUGAUACAGCAGUGCCUUGGGAUUCCAGGUGCUGGAGUCAAGGAUGUUAAAGCUCUGGUGCUUGUUCAUUAUUCUGGUCUGUGGUAUCAGAGGCACUGCAGGCCUGCCUGGCAGGAGUGGAAAUGAAGAAGUUACAUUUGGUGGAGACAAAGCUGUAGCAGGGCUACCUAGUACAAAUGCAAGUCAAACAAGAGGAGUCAUGAGAGCUACAAGGAACAUAGACAGUUCACCUGACUACCCAGCUGUCUAUUCCACUGUCAUUGCCAGCAUCCGUGACACGGCAUUUAAUGACUAUCUCCAAUACUUACUAGCAGAUGUGAUCAAGGAUAUCUUGCCGCUGAACAUAAUGAAAUUACUCCCUAAAACAGUCACAGAUGUGAAUGAACUGCUAAAAGGCAGAGAUGAUCCAAACAUAAAUCUAACUGGAGACCUGAAAAGCCAUGGAGCUCAGCUUGGUAUACUCGCCUUAAUCCAGAGCAUCACCCACACUGUAGUGGGGAUUCUGGACUCUUUGGUGAAAAUCAGGAUUGAUAUAGUAUCCAAACCACUAUGGGAUGCCUCUAAGGACCAGAUAUUCAUUAUUGAAGACUCCAAGAUAAUUAUCAAAGACAUUCAGCUUGAAAAGCAAAAGAGCACAACUGAUCCUGCUGAGCAGGAAAUUCGGGCUGCCCUCUGGACAAUCAUGAUCGAUGUGAUUAACCGGUGCAUUCGACUGGUUGCUGACAUCCUCAAUACAUCAUUUUUGAGCACGAUGGUUUCUGCUGUCCCGGUUGGAACAUUUGGAAGUAUCCAGUACAAUCUACUGGGCUCCCCAUAUGUGACCGAUAGGUACUUUGAAAUACCUUAUCAAGAGGGAAGACCCAGUGUCACUCCACUGCUCAGUGCCAACUUCCAGCUAGCCGUGAGCAAGGACUUCAUCAGCAAUGGUAUAGCUGUUCUGACUGGUGCUGCCAGUGUCAAUGUCACAAACCAAGGAGGGAACCAGCUAAUGACAUUGAACCUGGCAGAUCUGAUUCCUGAGCUUUCUGAGCUCUUCCGAACUUCUAAGCCACUUGUGGUAAAAAUUAAGGGUAUGAACUCCCCACUGGUUUCUCUUGAGAAACAGAGCCCCAAGGUGCAGCAAACUCUGUCCAUUAAGAUCUUAGCACCCAGACAACUUGUUCUACAUGUGGAAGUUGCUGUUGUCUCUGGGAUCCAGUUUUCUCUUGUUGCUGGCAAGCUGCUGAUCUUUCUAUCCCAGAACAGCUUCAACAUAGUCCAGAAUAAGUCACCUAUUGGCUCCAUCAAUGCCCAGACCUUCCAUAGAUGGAUCAAGGACCUUCUCCAGGAUAGGUUCCUGCCAGCCAUGAAUGAUAUGCUCAGUGCAGGGAUCAUUCUUCCUUCUGUGCUAAACACCCAGUGGAGCAAGGUCAGCACUGCUGUUUACCAGGGUGGCCUUGUGAUUUCAAUGUGAUUGACAAAGCCAGCACUACUCUCAAGAAAGCUGAGCAGUCACAGCCUGACCACCAGAAGGAGAACACCAAGAGUGACAUGUUCCAAACCAUUAGACAGGAUUUUCCAGUUCGCUACAUUAAUCUCAUCCAUUCAUCGCCUUGCAGGCUUUUAUGUAUAGAAGAUAGGAGGCCUGAGAGCUCACUCCUACAGAGACCACAUUUCAUAUACCACUUCUAAUAAGUCACCUACAACUGAUCUGCCCUGAGUGAGGUCCCUGUCGGCAAGGGAGGGAUGUGCCUAAGUAUGAGACGGC